AUAAACAGUAUCAGCCUAACAAAUAUAUCUACUCCUCUUAGCUUCAACAUCCGAAAACACUAAACAAGCUUCUUGGAAAAGAAAAAAGGAAGAAAUUAAAAUGAACUAUCCUUCAAACCCUAACCCUAGUUCUACAGAUUUCACUGAAUUUUUCAAAUUUGAUGAUUUUGAUGAUAGUUUUCAUAUGAUCAUGGAAGAAAUCGGCCGGGAGGACCACUCUUCGUCGCCGACUUUGAGUUGGACUUCAUCGGAAAUAUUGGUGGCUGGAGAAAUCACAAGUCCGCUUCAAACAAGCCUAGCUACCUCACCUAUGAGCCUUGAAAUAGGUGAGAAAGAUGAGAUCAAAAAGAGGAAGAGACACAAAGAGGAUCCGAUUGUUCACAUGUUCAAAACGAAAGCAGAUGAAAAAGUUGCUUUAGAUGACGGCUAUAAAUGGAGGAAAUACGGCAAAAAGCCGAUAAGGGGCAAUCCAUUUCCGAGGCAUUAUCACAAGUGUUCAAACCCAGAUUGCAACGUGAAGAAGAGGAUCGAGAGAGAUACGAACGAUCCAGAUUACGUAUUGACAACGUACGAAGGGAUACAUAACCACCCAAGCCCUUCUGUAGUUUAUUGUGAUUCAGACGACUUUGAUCUUACCUCUCACAACAACUGGUCCUUUCAAACAAAUACGUAUAGUUUCUCUCAUUCUGCUCCAAAUUGAUCAUAGUUACUAAGUUUGUGUAUAUAUAGAUGUAUAUAGUUUAUAUCACCAUCCUAAUCACGCAUCACGCGUUUAUCCACAUAUACCAUGUUGGGUCCGUUUUGUAAUGUAUUGAAUUGGUGGAGGUGUAAUGGAAGUCGUCGAUCAUCUUGUAUGUGUGAUUUAACUGUAAUUUUUUAAAAAUAUAGUAACUAAUUUGUACAUGAA